AUGCUGCUGGACGUCACCGACAAGAGUGAGAAACCCUGGGACGACAUCUUCCUGCUGCUGGUCAUCAAGAGCUCGCCAGAGGGUUUCGAACGACGACAGGUUCUCCGUCAGACUUGGGCCGAAGAGCGGAACUAUCGGGGGAAGCCCAUCCGCCGGGAGGAGGGGAGGACCUACGGGGACCUCCUGCAGUGGGACUUCACCGACUCCUUCUACAACCUGACACUGAAGCAGCUGCUGUUCCUGGACUGGUUCCAGACCCGGUGUCGCCGCUGCCACUUCCUGAUGAAUGGGGAGACGACGACAUCUUCGCCAACACCGACCAACACGGUGGAGUUUCUGCUCAGUCGCCACGGCAACGACGGAGACCAGCCCCUGUUCUAG